UAACAAAUCAGCGAUGGGUAGACUUUUUGGAAUUCUGAUUUUGACUUCAUUGCUUUUAUCAAUAAAUGGACAGGCGUUGUUUGAUGAAAUGGGAGAAAGACAAAGGUCUUCAGACUUGGCGUUACACUUUAUAAGAUCCGAGUUACAGCAAUUUAGUCAAGGUAUUGAACAGAUUGUAACAAAACAACUCGAGAAAGUAAAAAACAUUGAGGAAAAAAUCGAAAAUAUAAUAGCGACACAAAGCAACGAAAGUCUUUCCAUUAUUCAGACUGAGCAGCGACUCUUGAGGCAGGAAAUAGUGUCUCUAGCUACCAAAAGCGAAAACGUUCUAGACGAUAUAAGAAAUGCUAGUUUGUAUGUGGUGGAACAGCUUUCAUCAGGGGAAGCUAUACAUAUGCUGAAAAAUGUGGAAAGGAUAAGCCAAUUUCUUUCAAAGGUACAUUACAUAAACGGUUCUGAUUGCGCGGACAUUUUGGAGAAAUAUUCAAACACCAGAUGGAAGAACGGCGUGUAUAAUGUUACAGCUUCAUCAGAUAGAUCAAAGGCCGUGUACUGUGAUAUGACUACUGACAACGGAGGAUGGACGGUGAUACAGCGGAGAGUCAAUGGUUUCGUGGACUUUUACCGCAACUGGACGGAAUACAAGAACGGGUUUGGAUUUGCUGAUAUCGAGUAUUGGAUAGGAAAUGACAUGCUACAUAGAUUGACAUCACUGAAGCCCCAGGAACUGCGAGUAGAUAUGGAGAGAUUCAAUGGAGAGAGAGCCUAUGCUGUAUACUCAAGUUUUUCUGUCGGGGACGAGGCCAGUAAAUAUCAGCUACAGGUGACUGGAUACAGUGGGAAUGCAGGGGAUAGCCUGGAUAAAAGCAACAACAUGAAGUUUACUACACGGGACCAGGAUAACGACAGGUACGGCAGCGGUAACUGUGCCACCGACAGGAGGAGAUCGGCAGGAUGGUUCAACAGCUGCUAUGACGCCAACCCUAAUGGAGAGUACACCGACUCUGAGAAAACUGAUUGGAAAUACAUUGUAUGGUAUAAAUGGAAAAACUCGUGGAUAUCUCUGAAAUCAAUACAGCUGAUGAUCCGUCCUCGAGCCUGA